GAUGUUAGAGGCGCUCAGGGCGGCAGCGAAACAGACGCCGGGCUGCGCGCUGGAAGCUGCGGUCUCCGGCCAUGGCCCCCGCUCCGCCCCCCGCCGCCUCGUUCUCGCCCUCCGAGGUCCAGCGGCGCCUGGCGGCCGGCGCGUGCUGGGUCCGCCGCGGUGCCCGUCUCUACGACCUCUCCAGCUUCGUGCGGCACCACCCGGGGGGCGAGCAGCUGCUGCGGGCCAGGGCGGGCCAGGACAUCAGCGCCGACCUGGACGGGCCGCCGCACAGGCACUCGGCCAACGCGCGCCGCUGGCUGGAGCAGUACUACGUGGGCGAGCUGCGCGGGGACCCGCAGGGCUCCAUGGAGAAUGAGGCUGUAGCCUUUGAGGAAACUCAGAAGACAGAUCCUGCUGUAGAACCACGGUUCAAAGUUGUGGAUUCUGACAAGGACCUGGUGGACUGGCAAAAGCCCCUCCUGUGGCAGGUGGGCCACUUGGGAGAGAAGUACGAUGAGUGGGUUCACCAGCCGGUGACCAGGCCCAUCCGCCUCUUCCAGUCAGACUUCGUUGAGGGCCUCUCUAAGACGGUCUGGUACAGUGUCCCCGUCAUCUGGAUGCCCCUGGUGCUGUACAUCAGCUGGUCCUGCUACCGAACCUUUGCCCAGGGUAACGUCCGACUCUUCGCGUCAUUUACAACAGAGCAUGCAGUGGUGGUGCCCAAGUCCAUGUUCCCCGGGCUCUUCAUGCUGGGGAUCUUCCUCUGGAGCCUCAUGGAGUACUUCAUCCACCGCUUCCUGUUCCACAUGAAGCCCCCCAGCGACAGCUAUUACCUCAUCAUGCUGCACUUCGUCAUGCAUGGCCAGCACCACAAGGCACCCUUCGAUGGCUCCCGCCUGGUCUUCCCUCCCGUGCCAGCCUCCCUGGGGAUCGGUGUCUUCUACGUGUGCCUGCACCUCAUCCUGCCCGAGGCGGUGGGGGGCACUUUGUUUGCAGGGGGCCUCCUGGGCUACGUCCUCUACGACAUGACCCAUUAUUACCUGCACUUUGGCUCGCCGCCCAAGGGCUCCUACCUGUACAGCCUGAAGGCCCACCACGUCAAGCACCACUUUGCACAUCAGAUGUCAGGAUUUGGCAUCAGCACUAAAUUAUGGGAUUACUGUUUCCACACCCUCACUCCAGAGAAAUCCCACCUGAAGACGCAGUGACAACUCCCACCCGCUCCGUCCUGCCAUCGGCCCAGCCUGGGCCCCUUCCUGACCCCCACCCGCCAUCCAGACCCCACCAAGACGGUUGGCUUGGCCAGGCAGGAUAGGCUGUGUCCAGGGCAGAAGGCGCUGAGGGCACCCUGAGGCAGGACCGCCCUCCUGACCCCUCGUAGGAGGGUCACAUCCACUUGGCGGCCAGGUGGCCCUUGGUGACCCGCUUCUUCCUGGAGUGUCCCUGCCUGGAGCUCAGCCCACAGGACCGCUUCAGGACCUGGCCACAGGUAGCCGAAAGGGGAAAUGAAGAAAACUGACCCCUGCGGCUACCUGUGUCACCCAUGUGCCUUAGCCUCGUGGGCUGCCUGGGAGUGGCCUGCAUGGUGCAGCUCCGUGUUCACAGUCAGGGGUGGGUCUGUGAGACCUGUGCUCCCUGUCCUCCCAGCUGUCUUUUCUGGGGGAGGCCUUGGUGGCUCUGAGGUGGAAGAAGAGUUCUCAAAAGAAGAGACAGCAUGAUGCCUCCCACAGUCCACCCCAGAUCCUGGGCAGCCUCUCUGGCCCUGCUAGCUGCCUGUGCCAUUGGGCCCAGGGUGGCUGAAGGAGUCCCAGCCCCUUUCUUUAGAACCUGGCAGCUUCUCUAGCCAUCCCUUCCCUGCCUCCAGAAUCACAGCCCUUCUCGCCAAGAGAGGCUGAGGAGGGUGUUCCACCGCUGGCCGCCCCACCCGUCUCCGCCAUUCUCCGCCUCCACCUGGCACAGGUGUCAGCCCCCCCACAGAAGGAGCCUCCCCUCACCUCUCCCUGCCCCCACCCUCUGCAGAUGAGGCUCCUGCCCCUUCUUUUUUGUAACCAAAACCCUCACUGCUCCCAGGACGGUCUUAUUUAUGAACCAGAUACAUGUUCUUAGUCUGGUUCCAGACCAAGGAGCUAGUCAGGCAGCCCUUUCUAAUCCUACGUGUUGAGCUUAUGUAAAAGACAUUGUUUCCUCCUGUUUUUGGUUCCUUUCUUACCCAUAAACCAUUACUACUUGAAAGCUAAAAAAAAAAAAAAAAAAAAAGCCCACCAAGUGUAAAGGCUAAAGAGAAGCAGUGUGACAGACCUUGGGAUUUGUACUGUUUACUGCGGAGCUAUUUAAAGAUUUCGGAAAAAAUAUACAAAACUACGGUUGUGAAAUAAAAACUUAAAUUGUAUAUUUUGAAAAAUAAAACAUUGAAAAGAAACCAA